CCUCCUCUCAGUUUACCAUGGGGGUCCAAGUAGGGGAUGUACCAGUAACAGCAGUGGUUGAUACUGCUGCCCAGGUGACCAUCAUUUCAGAUAAGGUCUACAAUUCCCUGAAGCACAAACCUUCCAAAAUAAGGGAUGUGAAGCUGCAAACCGCAGGCAGGGAAUUGUCUAUGGCAGCAUUCGUAGCCGGUCCGAUGAAGCUGAAAGUUGGUCACCAGUGGUAUCAGGUCAACAUGUAUGUUGCUCCCAUUGAGCAGCAAAUGCUGUUGGGUUUUGAUUUGCUGCGCCACCCCGGUGAAUCGGUGUUAGAUAUGAGCAAAGCAGAGCUCUACUUUGAUGGAAUGCGCAUCUCCCUAGAUGUUCAUUCAUCCGAUAGUCCCGUGGUAUCCAAGGUCACGGUGUCUAAGAGACAAGUUAUCCCUCCACAUUCUGUAGCAAGGGUCAAAUGCAGGUUACAUACCCCCCUGCCCAGCUACAUUGUGGAACCGGUGAAUCAGAAGAAAUUUCUGGCUCCCCGUGUGUUACAUGAGGACACCAACACCCCUGUGUUGUGUCUGAUCAAUCCGUCGGAUAGCUUUCGCCUCGUCAAGAGGGGAACCGAGAUUGGCAGGGCAUAUGCUAUCAGUGAAGUUAUCGAGAAUGGGUGUGAUGUUGAAACAUAUUCGAUCAACGAAGUGUUUGAAACAUCAGGUGCGGUUGGUCCAAUACCACCACACCUGCAGGAGGUCUAUGAUACCUCUUGUGGCAGCCUUGACGAAGAUCAACGGGCUCAGUUGGCGCAAUUGCUUAUUGAGUUCCAAGAUGUCUUCGCCAAGAGUGAGUUUGAUCUUGGUAACUUCACUGACGUAGAACAUGUCAUUGAUACUGGGGAUGCAAGGCCUGUAAAGCAACGUAUGCGGCGUACGCCGGCAUGCUUUGCAGGGGAAGAAGAGGCCCAUCUUCAGAAAAUGCUGGAGGCAGGAGUCAUACAAGACUCUAUAUCAGAUUGGGCAUCCGCUCCAGUUUUGAUCCGUAAACGUGACGGCUCUGUGCGCUAUUGCAUAGACUAUAGGAAAUUGAAUGAGGUUACAGUCAAAGACGUGUAUCCUCUGCCUUUAGUCGAUGAUUGCAUGGACACAGUUGCUGGCAGUGUAUGGUUUUCGAAAUUGGAUGCCAAUUCUGCAUACUUCCAGUUAAAAAUCCGAGAAGAAGACAGGAAAAAGACUGCCUUUAUUACAAGGUACGGUCUUUUUGAGCAUGUUCGCAUGGGCUUUGGUUUGUGUGGCGCCCCCGCUACAUUUGCCAGAGCGAUGAACUUAGUUCUCAGAGGCUUAACAUGGAAGACUGUCCUGGCAUUUCUAGACGAUAUUAUCGUGCUAGGACGCAGUUUUGAGGACCAUCUCUCAAACCUGCGUGAGGCCCUUUCGAGAUUUCGGAGGCAUAAGCUUAAGCUGAAGCCAAAGAAAUGUAUCUUCUUCCAACAAGAAGUAGAGUUUCUGGGCCGAAAAGUGAGCAAGGACAACAUUGCUAUGACGGAACAUGACAUAGCUGUUGUGACUGAUUGGCCUGUUCCAAACAGUGCCAAGCAGGUUGAAAGGUUUAUGGGGUUGGUCAACUAUCAUAGAGGGUUUAUAAAGGACUUCUGUAGGAAAGCAGCCCCAUUGUACGCCGUCACAGGCAAAGCCAACUUUGUUUGGGGCGAAGAACAAGGAGAGUCAUUCAGGACUUUGAAGUGCUUGUUGACGCAACCUCCGGUGUUAGCAUUGCCUAACCAGACUGACAGCUUUAUCCUGGAUACGGAUGCCUCCAAUGAUUCGAUUGGAGCAGAGCUCUUGCAGGUGCAAGAUGGCCAGGAGAAGGUUGUCGCGUAUGGUAGCUAUGCUCUCACCAAGGAGCAACGCAGGUACUGCGUGACCAGGAAAGAGCUGCUAGCAGUGGUUCGGUUCACCAGACAGUUCCGACACUACUUGCUAGGCAGACCAUUUGUGGUUAGGACUGACCAUUCCAGUCUGAGAUGGUUAAUGAACUUUAAGGAACCACAAGGGCAGCUGGCGAGAUGGCUUGAAGAGCUGUCUCAAUUUAACAUGGUUUUGAGACACCGUGCAGGCCGUGAGCACUCCAAUGCCGACGCAAUGUCAAGAAUACCACUGCAAAGUGGGACAUGUCGAGGCUGGGUUGCUGGUGCACGCCUGGAUCAGUUGCCUUGUGGUGGGUGUGUUUAUUGUAAAAAGGCCCAUGAAAAUUGGGAGAGGUUUUUUACAGAAGUAGAUGAGGCGGUACCAUUGGUCAUAAAACCAGGGGGGGCCAUGGCCCCAGGUUUGAAUGCUGGUUUGGGUGACCAUGAGGGUGCCGGGGUCUCUGCCAUCUACGGGGAAAGUGAAAGUUCAAAUGACCUAUCAGACACGAAUGGCCAGCCGGUCCUUACCAUUGGGGUCGGUGAUCAUGGUCAGCAGGGUCUCUCUGAAGGCCAAAUCUUCAGUAGAGAUAAGACCUGUGUUGAGAGUGGUUGCCAGGAGGAAAGAACCUGGGACAUCAGGACCCUUCCUGAUCCCGGGGAUGUAUUAUUGCUGGCACAAACUUUGGAAUAUAUCCCAUGGGACAUGCAUGGCAUGUCUAGAGGGGAUGAAGUUGCUAGCAUUAAUAUAGUAUCCACCAGGAGAUCAAAGCUUGCUACCAAUGCAACGCCUUCUGAUCAGGUGGGAGAUAAGGAGAAAGAUAGUUCUCCUGUGGUUACUAAUCCAGUGGACAGGCCUAGUGACAGUGAAGCCCUGCAAAGUUGGGGUUUUUCUGUGGAUGAACUCAGGGAGGCCCAAAGCCGUGAUCCUGAGUUGAAGCCUGUACUGGAUUGGUUACAAGAUGGGACAGAAGCUGACCCUUCAGCUCUGUUUCAGUCAAGUCCAGGCACUAAGUAUUACUGGUUAACUAGGGGUUCGAUGCUCUUGAUUGAUGGUGUGUUAUAUCAAACUGACAAACACACUGAUGACAAGAGGCUUGUGUUACCUGGUGUUUAUAGGCAAGAAGCACUCGCUUUGAAUCAUGAUUUGCCAUCGGCAGGUCAUCAGGGCGAGUCUCGGACAAAAGACCGAAUUAAAGAGAAGUUUAUUUGGUACAGUCUUGGUAAGGAUGUGGCUAGUUAUGUUUCUGGUUGUGCUGUGUGCAACCAAAACAAAAAGACAGCACAUCAGGGGAAAUGUCCUUUAAUCCAAUUUAGGGCAGGCUCCCCAAUGGAACGUGUACAUUUAGACUUCUUAGGUCCUUUGCCAAAAACACCACGGGGUAAUGAGCACGUACUCAUGAUGGUUGACCAGUUUACCAAGUGGGUGGAGUGCAUACCAGUCCCCAGUCAAUCUGCCGAGGAAACUGCUCGCACGGCUGUCGAUCAGUUCUUCUCCAGAUUUGGUAUGCCAUUUGAGAUCUUCUCUGACCAGGGUCGCAACUUCGAAUCUAAGUUGUUUUGCGAGUUGUGUAAGGUUUUAGAGAUCCAUAAGGCCCGUACAACACCUUAUCGACCUUCCGCAAAUGGACAGGUGGAAAGGUAUAACAGGACUCUCAUGGAUGCUGUCCGCUGUUUUAUAGGUAAAUCCCAGAAACAGUGGGACUUGCACCUUCAGCAGAUUGCUGGAGCAUUAAGGUCAUCCGUCAAUCGAAUGACUGGUUUUACCGCCAACAUGAUGAUGUUGGGUAGAGAGGUAAAUACUCCGGCAGACGUGAUGUUUCCACCAAAACAUCGUGACGAGCAGUCACCAAAUGACUAUGUUCGUGAGCUUAUUUCCACCAUGGAGAAAGCCCAUGAAACAGCUCGUCAGUCUAUGAAAACCGCUUCAAAUCGAAUGAAGCGUAAUUAUGAUCUGCGCAUCCUUGAGAGAAACUAUGAGGUUGGAGAUGCAGUUUAUUUGCUGGACACUGCCACAGUGAAAGGCAAAUGUAAGAAAUUAUCUCCUCCUUGGAAAGGCCCGGGGGUUAUUGUCUCUAAGCUUUCCUCUUACCAUUUUAGAGUAAAGCUCCGUAAUGCGGUCUUUGUGGUAAAUCACGACCGUGUUAAACCUUGCAGGGAUAGGGAUUUACCUCGCUGGUUAAAGGUGUUUCAAGAGCACCCCAGUGAUGAUAAGGGAGCGACCGGUGAUGAUCGUGUGUACUGCUUUUGUCGCCAACCUUGGCAAGGCAGAUUUAUGAUCCAAUGUGAUCACUGUCAAGAGUGGUACCACGGUUCUUGCGUUGAUAUCACGCAGACUGAAGCUUUUGACAUCAAUUUAUAUAAGUGUAAGGAUUGUAUUAAACGCUCUAAGAGGGUUGAUACAUAACCAACCAUUUGAUUUUUUGUGUCAUUACAGAUGUCUGCAG